AUGGCUUCCAAGCUCCCCUGUCUUCUCGUCUUAGCAGUGGGGCUGUCUGUCACGGCAGCCCCGAGUCGCACCAUGCACCCCAGCCGGGAUCAGACGGAGGCUUGUUUGCAGAUUAAGGCCCAAUAUGACCAGGCUACAAGGCUGAACGUAACGGAUUCUAUCAUCGUAGACGGGGAAUUAGCCCAUCAAUGCCUGCUCUCCAUGCCAUUUGACUCCCACAACGGCACGCUCUUCGUCCAGGAGUUCCGCAAGUUCAUCGAGUGGCAAUCCACUCUGGAUGUCCUCAAAGACCCGCCGUCCGGAUAUUUGUCUCCAGCGGUCGAUAUCUUGGGCGGAUUGGAUCGCAUCCAAGCCCAAGCGGCUCAAGGGGCAUAUAGCAGCCAGUACGAGUUUGACAGCAACAUCACGAGCCUUUUGAGCUCUGCCAACGACGGUCAUCUCUGGGCCACACUAUGCUCGACUUCGAUAUUCACCUUCACACUCGGUCUUGAAUUGGUCUCCAUCUCCACCGAUGGGAUCAAACUUCCACAAAUCUACACCGUUGGUGAUGCCGAUUUGCUGGACCAAGGCGUUCAUACCGUUUCCCCGGUGGUUACCAUCAAUGGUCAGCCGGCGGUGGAUGCCCUAAACGAUAUUGCUAGCUCGCAGACCUACCAGGAUCCUGAUGCCCGCUACAACCAACUCUUCUACGACCCACCCCGUGAGAUCCUCCAACAGAGCUCGAUCGGCGCGUUUGCCACCCGAUCCCUCUGGCCCGGCCGUGCCCACCACAAGAUCCAAUUCGCAAACGGAACCACCCUCCAACAACGCACCAUGGCAUCCUCCUCAUUCCCCAAUUUCAACUACACCACAGGCCAAGCUCUCCUUGAAGCCACAUGCUACUACCUGCCAGACUCCGACCUGCAAGACAUCGCCAUCCUCUUCAUCCCCUCCUUCCUCCCCGACAAAACCCCCACCCAACCCACCGACUUCGCCAACAACGCAACCACCUUCAUCCAAUCCGCUCUCCGCGCCAACAAAACCAAACUCAUCAUUGACCUCUCCCUCAACGGCGGAGGUUACGUGAACAGCGGCUACGACCUGUUCCGUCUUUUCUUCCCGGAUGAGCCUAUUUACGCUGCUUCUCGGUUCCGGGCUAUCGAGCAGGCUGAUUUAGCGGGUCAGGCACUUGCCUCUCUUCAAGCAGACCAAAAUAACACAGAGACCGACGCAUGUAGUACCACAAACUGGUGCGUAAGUUCAUGGGUGACUCCAAACCAAACAUAUCACUACACCAGCUGGACGGAGAUCUUCGGUCCCGAAGAACAAUUUCACGGGAAUAUGUCUACGCUUGUUGCACCCCAGGAUAUGGAUUCUUCUUCUGAUUUGACAAAUCCGAUCCGGGGAUAUGGAGGGAUAGAGCAGGUUCCUACUACGGCGCCGUUUAGGGCGGAGGAUAUUCUGAUAAUAACGGAUGGAAGUUGUACCUCAACAUGCACAAUCUUCCUCUCCCUAAUGACCACCUCCCACCCCAAUAUCAAAACCCUGGUCUACGGCGGCCGUCCCACCCAAACACCCAUGCAAACCAUCGGCGGAUCCAGAGGAAACCAAGACGUCGAAAUAAACUAUAUAGAUACCCUCCGCGACGCGGCGAUGCAGUAUGCUCCGAGUGAGAAGAUGAGGGAUCGUUUAGACGAGGUGUUUUUCGAUUCGAAGAAAUUGCCCUUUUAUGUCCAGAGCGCCGCGGUUAAUUUUAAGAGUGCGUAUCGGAGGGAUGAAGGGGAGGUGCCCUUGCAGUUUGUUUAUGAGGCCGCGGGGUGUAGGAGGUUUUGGACGUGGGAGAAUGUGGUGAACCCCGGGAGUAGGUGGGUGGAUGCUGCGAGGGCGGUUUGGGGGUUGGGGUGGGGGUGGGGGGAUGUUUUGAAUGAGGGGGAAUGA